CUCCGCUCCGCGCCCGCUGCCGCCGGUACCGGUUUGUCCUUUCCCCUGCCAAGGUGCCCUGAGUGCCACAGGAGGAGGGGACACCUGCCCAGGAGGAAGCAGCAGAUCCUGGAACCCUCCAGGCCUGGGGAGGGAGGCAGAGGCUGCUCUGCAGGGAGGAUUCUGCAGUGCUGGGGCCCGGGGCAGAUGGCACAGAAUGUCCACAAGUAACAACAUAGCCCAGGCCAGGAAGCUCGUGGAGCAGCUGCGCAUCGAGGCGGGGAUCGAGAGGAUCAAGGUGUCCAAAGCCUCGUCAGAGCUGCUGAGUUACUGCGAGCAGCAUGCCCGCAGCGAUCCCCUCCUGGUGGGAGUUCCUGCCUCGGAAAAUCCCUUCAAGGACAAAAAACCCUGCACCAUCCUAUAGCCCUGGAAGGUUCCAGAAGGAAUUCCCAGCUCCCAGAUCCCAGCCUGAACCAGCCCACAGCCCUGGAAGGUUCCAGAAGGAAUUCCCAAAUCAUCACAGCCUGGGGG